AUGACUAUGAGCGGUUUUGCAAAUGGAAGAGUUAACUGGCGUUGGCCUGAUAAAGACGAUGUGUUAGAUUAUGAUGCCAAAGAUAUAGUGCAAAAAAUAAAACCACCAAUUCCAUUGACAUACGAAUACAGGGCAGUGGCGUACAAGGGUGCCCGCGAAUGGGGCGACCGCACAGGCGAUGUUCUGGUAUGCUCCAUAGUCUCCUGUUCCGGCCCUGAGAUUUCUGAUUGUGGAGUAAAAUAUCCAGAUUUUCAAAAAGUGGCACCACGAAUGCGUUUCUCACAUGCUAAAAUAUCUGCAGAAUUUCCAUCAUCUCAAGAUGUCCUCACGACAGCAACGUCCCUCUCCUAUUCCCUGAAUCCCUUAUCGAGGGAACGAAUGCACAUGCACAAGUGGCAUUCGAGUGCCAGAUCCCACAGGAACACCAUCACAGGUUUAGGGCAUACAAAAGGACAUCCCGAUGUAGCCCAGGGAGCCCUGCUGAUGAUGGAGAAGGUGCAGGUCCAACUGAAGGGACCUCCUGCUGAUGAUUUGCACACUUUUGGGCUGUACGGGAGGGAUUAUUCGGCUGAGACAGGAACCUCCGGGUCACUUUCUUUGGGACUUUCUACUAAAUCUGUGCUGCUCUUUCUAUUGUCAACUCUUCUGAUACUUUAA